AUGAGCAAAUUUUAUAACAACAUCCUGAUUGGAGUGGCAUUAUUGACCACUUUCAUUCAGGCUACCCCAGUCGUGCCUGAGAAAAGACUUAAACGAAGUUUGUUACAAGCGCUGUUCGGAGCAGCACCUAUAACUACUACAGAAGCACCACUACGUAUUACGACCCCUGAAGUGGACAUGGUGAUGGAAUUCUUAGAAAGCGGUGAGCCAGUUUAUCUCAUGCCUACAAAACAGGAUCCGGAAAAUCCGCCAACAUUUAUACCGAUGAUGCCAUUGCGAUACUUUGCAUCGCCUUCUGGUUUACAUUUCAUUGCAGUUGAACCUAUCAACUUCACUCCAGAAAACCAGUAUAUUCAACACGAAGGAGCUGAACAGCAGUGGCAACCGAAUUACAUUCCAGUAACCUCUAAAAAUGUACCGACAAAAAUAAACAACAAUAUUCCCCCACACCUAAAAGGACUGAGUAGCUCUGAAAUUCGUGAGCUAAAUGUUCUAGCGAAACAGAUUGGAGUUGAAAAUUUAGAUGACUUGCCGCCGCUGGAAGAGGUAAUGUCAUUGCUUGGAACGACAACUAAAAGUGAGACGAUUGAGGCUAUCCGUGAAUAUGCAUCCACUCCCACAGGUUUGGAUUUGAUUCGAGAUUACGUUAUGAGUUAUCAACCUGUUAAACGAAUGGAUACUGUGAGACCUGAUGGCCAGUUCGAUGAAAAAAAAUCUAUUGAAAUGCAGGGCAAAUACCCAAGCGAAAAUAUGAUGUAUGUCAAUCAUCCAGUACCAAUUAUAGGUUACACUAUUCCGAGCGAGCAACAACCUAUGCAAAAACCAAAACCAACGUCUGAAGCACCAAAUCAAGGAUUAUUUUCAAGAUUGCGUUCAUACCUUGGCUUCGGAUCGCACUCCCAGCCGGCUGAAGAAGUGCCAAAUCCUAAUAUAUUAGUUAACGGUCAAUCCGAGUUUAACCUUAUUCCUCACAUUGUAAUCCCUCUUCGACAUUGGGCACCAAUGGAUGGUUCAAGUGGUUAUGCAUUAGAAGACCUGCAACACUAUCCAAUGACACCUUUAAUUCAGGACACGAGCCCGUAUGUGCUAAAGCCUGAAACGAUUCAAUAUGCCAGUAUUAAUGCGCCUGUCUAUGAUUCAAUGGAUCCAAAGCUUAAUGAGGCGCACAUUUAUCAGGAUGACGUUCACAACAAACAGGACAUCAAAGAUGAAGCUUCAAUUGCAAAUCAGAAACCUGUAAGAAUCUCUCCACCGGAAGAGCAAACCGGACAACUCCACAAAGCGGACAUUGACAAAGCUGAUUUACCACUAACUAUUAAAUCGAUAGACCAAGCAAAGCCAGAGAUAAUUACUCCAGAACCCACCACUGAAGUUAUUGCUACGGAAAAUGUUGAGUUUAAUGAAACUACAGAACCAAUGACCACGGAUGGUACAGUGAUAAGUGAAAAUAUAUAA